GAUCGCCAGAAUCUGAAUCUCUGCUUGCUCUUCAGCCGCAGAGCGACCUCAAUCCGGGACAAGACCUUGGCGACCCCGGAAUGGCUGGAACGCUGUGGCAACUUCUUGGACGAGUGCCAAAGCGGCUACGAUUCUGGCACGAUUGCGCCCUACCACACCUGGCUGCACGCGGUGGACGCCACGUACACGCUGUACCGCAUUAUGACCCUGAUCGCUGCGGAGCAAUACUUGGGCCAUCUCGAGUGCUUUGGCCUCCUGGUGGCUGCCAUUGCGCACGACAUGGGCCACCGGGGACGCAGCAACGUCUUCUUGGUGGAGAUUGGCCACGAGCUAGCCAUCCGCUACAAUGACAUCGCAAUCCUCGAGAACAUGCACUGCAGCCUUCUAUUUCAGAUUCUGUCCCAGGACAAGAUGAACAUUCUCUCUGAGCUUAGCGAGCCCAUCUACAACCACAUCCGCCACGUCAUCGUCGAUGCGAUCCUUGCCACAGACUUCGCGCAACACACCGGCAUGGUGAAGGAGUUCGAGUCCAUGUAUGGCGUGAACGCAGAGCUCUUUGACAUGGCUGAUGAGAUGUACAUGACCAUGGACGAGUUCCCUCCAAAUGAGCUGCUGGAGUAUUUCAAGACGCCCGACGUCAAGAAAAGCCUGAGGACUGUCUUGCUUCACUUCAGCGACAUCUCGAACCCUAUGAAGCCCUUCCCCGUUGCAGAGAAAUGGGCGGCUUUGGUGUUGGAGGAAUUCGCUCUCCAGGGAGACGAGGAGAAGGCUUUGGGGAUUCCGAUGGGGCCGCUGAAUGACAGAGACACGGUGAACACGCCUCUGUCGCAGAUUGGCUUCAUUGAGUUCGUUGUGGCACCGCUGGCUCUCUCGCUGGCGCGAGUUCUGCCACCCCUUUGGUUCAGCAACCAGAUGAUUCUGGACAAUGCGAAUAUUUGGAUGGACAAGUGGAUCGAAGGCACCCUCCUGAAGCCAAGCUUAGAGGAGCAGGUCAACGUCCGUGAGCGCAUCCAUCGCAUGGUGCAGAAGACGGAGCAACGCGGCUACACGGCCACAAUGACCGCACCUCGACCUGAAAUAGAGGAUUCCUGGGCAUAG